AUGUUCGCGAAAGAAGACAUGGCAGACUAUGAGUUCAAAAACGUAAUGGAAGGCUUCUUCUUCGAUCACAAGGUCGUGACGCGCAAUCCGGGCGCGCCGCAGCUACCAUACGGCGGCAUGCCUCUUCUCAGCUUGGCCGGAUUCACAGAUUGGAUUGGAUUCAGUUGCGCGGCGCAUCCCGACGGCAUCUUUGUGGUUCCUGGGUUGAACAACGCGUUGCGUGUGUACAACGUCUGGCCGGAGCGUGGGCCCUUGCCGCGAUGGAUCUUUCCUCCGAGUCGGCCAGUGGAGGUACAGCAGCGCAUGGAUCAGGCGACACAGCGUUGCAAUAUGAACGCGCAGCAGAAGCUCAGAGCGACGCAGGUAGAGGCUGAGAUCAAGGCGCAGGGCCGACAGCAUGCCAUUGAUCUGAAUAAGAAUGCCGCUGCUGUUACAAGUAACGCGCCCACCGCGACACCAGCACCGAUACCAGCCUUGGCGCCAGUCGAUAAGCCGCCGCUGCUAUUUGCACCUGUUGCGGUAGCAUCGGUGGGCCCUGUGGGUGUGGGUGUCGACGGGAUCGAUGGUACUGUACUAGCAGGGCUUGAGAUCGGGGUCGUGGAUGGUGCCGGCGUUGAUGUUGGUGAAGACGAUGACUCGCUGUUCAACGCUACGGUCGAAGACAAAGCGAAUAUCGAUGCAGCUUGA